AUGUGGCCUAGAACUUUCUUCAUUUUAGCUCUGCUUGGGAUCGUUUUCUCCGAACUUACUAUAGGAGGAAUUGAUAGGACUAUGAGUGAGGGCGUAAAAAGUCUAGGGUAUAAAAUUGUCUACGGUGAUGAGGAUAUGAUGGCGGUAAAUGAAGUGGUGAACGAAGUGGAAAAAAUACAAGGGUUAAAAAGCAAGGUGAACGUCAACGAAGCCAUACCACCUCUGCCAGCGCAAGACGUCAAAUGCUUGAUGUCAGCGGACAAUUAUUGUACCAAGGACAUGUACAGGAUUAAAGGUGUUCUUAUUCAAGCAAUGAAAAACGAUUGUGUCAAAUGUUCCGUUAAAGAAAAAGAGAGUGCUGGGAAGAUUGUUGCUUCGAUGAUGGCUCACGAUCCAGUCGCUUGGAAAUUGUUUCUCACCAGGUACAACAGCCGUCAAAAGCUUGAAAGGAUUACGGGA